GUAUGUGAAGCAAUAGACCUGGUUUUUUGUAAUCCCAUCAAAAUGUCCAUAGUCCUUGAUGUUAUCCAACAAGUUGUGUUGCAGAAAGCCUACGAUCUAACAUGCGAGGCAGCAAUUUUAGCCUUGAGAAAAUGUGGCAAACUGAAAAUAGAGGAUGGUAAAUCGAAACCAAAGCGGGAAAAGCCUCUACCUCCGGUCAAGCCUAUUGCCCAGGAAGUGGUUUCACCAAUGAAAGCUCCCGUGGCUAACACCAUUCCAAAAUAUACGGGACGGGAUAUGCCUCGAAAGAACUUUGGCUCCAUCGAUCCUCCCCAGUGCUCCUGCAUGCGUGUGUGCCGCGAUAGCUACUUCUCCUAGACGAAAAAGAACGCUU